UGACUCUUUUUCCCAGUGAGCCACCAUCAUGUGUGACGACGAGGAAACCACCGCCUUGGUCUGUGACAACGGCUCUGGCUUGGUGAAGGCUGGCUUUGCUGGUGAUGAUGCCCCCCGAGCAGUCUUCCCCUCCAUCGUGGGCCGCCCACGACACCAAGGUGUCAUGGUGGGCAUGGGUCAGAAAGACUCCUACGUGGGAGACGAAGCUCAGAGCAAAAGAGGUAUUCUCACCUUGAAGUACCCCAUUGAGCACGGCAUCAUCACCAACUGGGAUGACAUGGAGAAGAUCUGGCACCACACUUUCUACAAUGAGCUCCGGGUCGCCCCUGAGGAGCACCCCACCCUCUUGACCGAGGCACCGCUCAACCCCAAAGCCAACCGGGAGAAGAUGACCCAGAUCAUGUUUGAGACCUUCAACGUGCCCGCCAUGUACGUGGCCAUCCAGGCUGUGCUGUCCCUCUACGCCUCCGGGCGUACGACUGGGAUAGUGUUGGAUUCUGGAGACGGCGUCACCCACAACGUACCCAUCUAUGAGGGUUAUGCCUUGCCUCAUGCCAUUCAGCGACUGGAUCUGGCUGGCCGUGAUCUCACUGACUAUCUGAUGAAGAUCCUAACGGAGCGUGGCUAUUCCUUUGUUACUACAGCUGAACGGGAGAUUGUUCGAGACAUCAAGGAGAAACUGGGCUAUGUGGCUUUGGACUUUGAGAAUGAGAUGGCGACCGCCGCUUCCUCCUCUUCUCUGGAAAAGAGCUAUGAGCUUCCUGAUGGGCAAGUGAUCACCAUCGGCAACGAACGUUUCCGGUGCCCAGAGACUCUCUUCCAGCCCUCUUUUAUCGGAAUGGAGUCUGCAGGUAUCCAUGAAACCACUUAUAACUCCAUCAUGAAGUGCGACAUUGACAUCCGGAAGGACCUCUACGCCAACAACGUCCUCUCUGGGGGCACCACCAUGUACCCUGGGAUUGCUGACCGGAUGCAGAAGGAAAUUACAGCUUUGGCUCCCAGCACUAUGAAAAUCAAGAUCAUCGCUCCUCCUGAGCGGAAGUACUCGGUGUGGAUCGGGGGCUCCAUCUUGGCUUCCCUCUCCACCUUCCAGCAAAUGUGGAUCAGCAAGCAAGAGUAUGACGAAGCCGGGCCAUCUAUCGUCCACAGGAAAUGUUUCUAAAGGUCUCCAUGCCAUCGCACUUCCCCAAUGUUCUGCUACUCCUUUCGUGGCCCAACGACACCGUUUCCCCGAAAAUGAGACACCCCCUGAAAAUAAGACCUAGUAAAGGUUUUGCUGAAUUGCUAUAAAUAUAAGGCCUUUUUUUCCCACUACAUCACUAUCCCAAA